UUACGUGACGUUUGCAUGACGCUUGUUUAUGAAGAUCUACAUAUUAAACUGUCAAACGUAAUUGUUAAUAAUUGUGUUUGUUAUUUUUAAUUAACAAUAAAAAUAUUGUUGAUAUUUUGAUAUUGUUGAGUAUUUAAUUAUUAUCAAUAAAAAACAAUAAAAAAAAUCAUGGAGAAACCACAAAAAAUGCCCAAAGUGGCAAAGGUAAAAAAUAAAGCACCAGCUGAAAUACAAAUAACAGCUGAGCAACUUCUUCGUGAAGCAAAAGAACGUGACCUCGAAAUACUUCCACCACCACCAAAACAAAAAAUAUCAGAUCCACAUGAAUUGGCAGCAUAUCAAUUGAGAAAAAGAAAAACUUUUGAGGAUACUAUUAGAAAAAAUCGUACUGUAUUAAGUAAUUGGAUGAAAUAUGCAGCUUGGGAAGAAAGUCAAAGAGAAAUUGAUCGUGCACGUUCAAUAUAUGAACGUGCAAUGGAUGUUGAUCAUAAAAAUAUAACAUUAUAUUUAAAAUAUGCUGAAAUGGAAAUGCGUCAUCGUCAAGUACAACAUGCUAGAAAUCUUUGGGAUAAAGCUGUUACAUUAUUACCAAGAGUCAAUCAAUUUUGGUAUAAAUAUACAUAUAUGGAAGAAAAAUUAGAACAAAUUGCAAAAGCACGUGAAGUAUUUAGAAGAUGGAUGGAAUGGCAACCAGAUGAACAAGCAUGGUUAACAUAUAUUAAAUUUGAAUUACGUUAUAAAGAAAUUGAUAGAGCAAGAAAUAUAUAUGAAGAAUUUGUAAUGACACAUCCACAAGUUAAACAUUGGAUAAAAUAUGCUAGAUUUGAAGAAACACAUGGUUUUAUAAGUGGUGCAAGAAGAGUAUUUGAAAGAGCUGUUACAUUUUAUGGCGAUGAAAAUAUUGAUGAAAAAUUAUUCUUGUCAUUUGCUAAAUUUGAAGAAGGACAAAAAGAACAUGAAAGAACAAGAGUUAUUUAUAAAUAUGCAUUAGAUAAAUUACCAAAAGAUAAAACACAAGAAAUAUAUAAAGCAUAUACAAUACAUGAAAAAAAAUAUGGUGAUCGUUCUGGUAUUGAAGAUGUCAUUGUUAGUAAAAGAAAAAAUCAAUAUGAACAAGAAGUUGCUGAUAAUCCAUCAAAUUAUGAUGCAUGGUUUGAUUAUUUAAAAUUACUUGAAUCAGAAGGUAAUUUAAAUCAUAAUGAUGUACGUGAAGUUUAUGAAAGAGCCAUAGCAAAUGUACCACCAACAAAACAAAAAGAAUACUGGAAAAGAUAUAUUUAUUUAUGGAUUAAUUAUGCUUUAUUUGAAGAAUUAGAUACUGAAGAUAUUGAAAGAUGUCGUCAAGUAUAUAAAACAUGUAUUGAAUUAAUACCACAUAAAAUAUUUACAUUUUCAAAAAUAUGGUUAUUAUAUGCUAAAUUUGAAAUAAGACAAAAAAAUUUAACAAUUGCUAGAAAAACAUUGGGUAUGGCACUUGGUAUUUGUCCAAAAGAUAAAUUAUAUCGUGAAUAUAUUGACCUUGAAAUACAGUUACGUGAAUUUGAAAGAUGUAGAACAUUGUAUGAAAAAUUUUUAAAAUUUGGUCCUGAAAAUUGUACAACAUGGAUGAGAUUUGCUGAAUUAGAAUCAUCAAUUGGUGAUAUUGAUCGUGCUAGAGCAAUAUUUAAAUUGGCAAUAUCACAACCAAUACUUGAUAUGCCAGAAGUAUUAUGGAAGGCAUAUAUUGAUUUUGAAAUAUCACAAUGUGAACCACAAAAUGCUAGAGAUUUAUUUGAACGUCUUCUAGAAAGAACAUCACAUGUUAAAGUAUGGAUGACAUAUGCUAAAUUUGAAUUACAAAAUGAUAUUGUUGAAGAGGGCAUUGAUAAAGUUGUAUUGGCAAGAAGAGUAUUUGAAAGAGGAAAUACUGCAUUAAGAACAAAUGGUAAUAAUGAAAGUCGAGCUUUGUUACUUGAAGCUUGGCUUGAAUUUGAAAAUGAAAAAGGUGAUGAAGAGAGUCGUGCUAAAGUUGCAGCUAAAAUUCCAAGAAGAGUUAAAAAGAGAAGGAGACUUGUUGGUGAUGAUGGCUCUGAUGAUGGUUGGGAAGAAGUAAUUGAUUUUAUUUUCCCCGAAGAUGAAUCACAACGACCAAAUUUGAAAAUUCUUGCUGCUGCUAAAAAUUGGAUUAAAGCUAAAACAGUAUCAACUGAAAAAAUUGAGGAAAAAAAUAAUGAAAAUAUUAAUCCACAAUCUGAUGAAUUAUCAAGUUAAAUUUACAUAUAAUUUGUUUUUUAAAUUGUCUAGAAAAUAAAUAAUAAUAAUAAUAAUUUUAAUAAUUUUUUUUUUAUUUGAAGGUUGAUUUUGAAUGAAUAAACUUUUAAUCUGCUUUUUUUUUUUCUAUGCCCAUUUUUCAAAUGACAUAGAUAUCUAUACUGGAUUUCAAAAUUGUAUUAUAGAAAUUUUUCGUUUUUGCGAGGUGAGACAUUGUAUUGAAGUUUUAAUUUAAAUAAUAAAUAAAUAUUUGUAUUUGUUGUUAUGAAUAGGAAGAAUGUAAUAAAAUAAAUACACCAAGUAAAAUUACAAAGAAAAGAAUA